UUGAUUUUUAUUGUAUUCUGUUCUAGUUUUUCUUUUAUAUCAAGUACUGUGUCUCUAAUAAAGUUCUUUAUACUUUUCAGCAUCGGAACAAGACACUUUUGGCGUGCUGCACAUUUCAAUGCAAUUUAUGAUUCUGAAGGAGAGCGACAUGACGUCUAUCGUACGAAUGGCGAAAGUUGUAUUUUUCUGCUGACUUACUUUUUUAAAUAUUCGAAAAAAAAAGCGUUAUCAUGGAUUGAUUGUAUGACCCCUUCAUUGGCAAAUUACUUCUACAUUCUGAUCGCUUUGUGCUUCGUAAUUGUAUUUGCUUCUUCUUUCGCGUCUGCAUUAAACAUUUUUUUGCCUCCAUUUGGUUUCUUUCAAUGGUUAAGAAAGAAUACUCUGCUUGAAGUUUGCAGCAUGGCACUUUCUCUUUUGGCUUGUGUUACUCUAUUGUUAGCUGAAUGUCAAUAUGUAUCUAACGUGAAAACGGGUGUAAUAGUAUCGAUCGGUUCUGGUCUUUUCUUAGUCGCUGCGUCUGGCGUCUCGAGCUUUUUUGCUGCUGUUGCUAGCUUGCGCCGAACAAACCGUUUAGCUCUUUCAAGACGUUUACAAAACCAGCAAAUGCUUUGUGCCCGGUCUUUACUUUCCUGGCAUGAUGUUGGAAGGCAGCCUGAAGACACUCGUGCAAUAAUGCAGUUUGAAGAAUAUCUUGAUUCAACGUCGUCUAAUUCAGCUUUAGAGAAGGAACUGCCGUUUGAGAAAAUCUGA